AUGGCUUCGAAUGGCUUCGAAUGGCAUGGAAGGGCAUUGAUGGCCAAGUUAGGGAACGAGGCCAAUCCUGUCCCCGUCCUCACGCAGGAGCCGAAUCCGACGUCGUCUCCCGACGGCAGUCUGCUUCCAGAAUACGUGCCAGUCCCUCCGCUACCCGCAGAGUACAAUACCAACAGCGGUGCAAACUUUUCGGCGUACUUGAAUCUCAUCCCGUCUCAACUCGCUGCAUACAACGAAUGGAUCGCGACCCAGGCUUAUCACCACUAUACUGCAUUGGCUCACAAUGCUGGCAUCCGUCACCAAGAGGAGCGCUCUCGAUCUCAGCAACAGCCAGUGAACCCAGAUGGUGAUGGAGGCGGCCUUAGUAAUAAUUUCCAACAGUUAAGCUUUGCUGAUGGUGGAGUGUCGUCGCCAUCAUCACCGUUGACGCGUGAUGGUGAAAAUCUUGUGGAGGAGUAUCGACGACAAGCCGUGGUAGCGCAACGAGCGGCUGCCUUCCAUUCAGCACAGCACCAUAAUCUUUUUCAAGAAGAACUCGCUCGGUUUCAAGACAGCUCACCACUCGGGUUCCAAUCAUCAUCAUCAUCAUCAUCCUCAACUCCAUCCUCCUCCUCACCGUACAGCAAAAAUACAUCCAGACGCAGCACUCCAAACCAACCCACAAAUUCAAGACCUCCAUCUGGGUUCCCGACUCUCUCACCUCCUCAGCAGCAUUUCUCAGCAUAUCCGUUGUCCCAUUUUGUAGGACCUCGCUCUCCAUCGUCUAGUAUGAACUACUCGACGAUGCCUUACUUGUCGCAACGAGAACAGAGUCCUAUGCACCAACAAGGGCAUAACAUGUCACCACUUCUACUCGGUCAAGGGGAAUACCAACUUUACCCUUCUUUCUAUAAUCCCAGAUCUGCCAGCGGCUUUCCAUACAACCAUCCGAUGGCUUCGCCAACCUCUGUCGCACCUUCUCGAUCCACGAGUAACCAAGCAGCUCAAGGAUUUCCUGGUAUGCAGCCACACCAGCAAUACGGCCAAACUGCGAACCCCGGAGGCCACAGAUAUUCAACUAUCCAGCCCGUUGCUAUUCCUCCUACACCAGUCUUUGUCAAUAAUGCCUCUGGCGUCCCAGUCAACUUGAGCCACGGUGGGGUCCAAACUGAAAGCCGUGGUAUCUUCAUCGGCAACCUGCCUUACAAUACACACUGGAAGGAUCUUAGGACCUUCUUGAGUCCAGCUGGUAACAUCAUCCGCUGCGACGUUCCACGGAAGCCGAAUAACAAAGGCCGUGGGUACGCAACCGUUCUCUUUGCAAGUUCUCAGGAAGCAGAGAGGGCAUGCGAAAUGUUCAAUGGAACCAUGUACCAAGGUCGCCAGAUUCGGGUUCGAUUGGACACGUACGCCAAUACAAAAGCGGUUGAAGUUGGAAGCACGGUGGCAAGUGCGAGUACAGGGUCAGCGUCAGUUGGUGGAUCAGGGUCAGGUGGAAACCAGUCUUCAUUUUUCACGGAUGGAGAUGUUGACCAGGAAAAGCAAAAAAAUGUUGAUAACCAAGGAGGGCGAAAGUCUUCAGCAUCGGUCUAG